CUCUCCCUUAUAUAUAAGGAAAAGGAUUCCUUUUCAAGUUGUAGUUUUUUUUUCUUAUCAAAAUGUCUGAAAAUAACGAGAAUGAACGACUUCCCCUGGAUCCUCUACCUUUGGACCAGUCUGAAACACCCACCCUGAUAACCAACUCUGGAUUUUCAGUCCCAGAUGGAGGAUUUCGACCGAAUUUCGAUGUUGAUACUGGAGACAUUCCCAGCAGCAGAAGCACUGUCUCACUAUGCGACAUGAUUUGGAUUAUGUUUUCCAUUCUUAUGCAUCUCGUCGAUCUCUUUGUGGAUUUCAAUUUAAUUAGAGACUAUGUUAUGCGUGAAAAAUAUUACGAGGUGUCCUGGACUUGUUUAUUCUUGUUCAUGCCAUCGUUAAUUAAUAUUUGCAUCAGUAUCCAGAUGAUCAAACAGGAUCGCCAGAGCAAUCAGGAGGAUGAGGAAAGCCGGAAUAAUUGGAGCAGUCUGAUUGUCUUCCCUUACUACUGGCCCUUCAUUCUGAUCUUCCAAUUAGCGCCUCUUUUUCAUCACAUGGACAAUUGGAAUUUCGCUCGGAAUUCGUACCGUGCGGGUAAAAAUGAUGAUCAGGCCAAUCAGAAGAAAUAUUACCUCAAGAUGCUGAAGGAAGAAGAGGAUAUUGCUUUGCUGAGAGUUCUGGAGUGCUUUCUAGAAGCCGCUCCACACAUCGUUCUGCAAUUAGUAAUCAUGAUGACAGAUUAUGAAAGCAAUCUUCACGUCAAUUUUCAGUUCUUGCAUCAAACCCUCAGUAUUCUCAGCUCCUUUGUGGGCAUGGGGUGGGCCAUGUCUAGUUAUCACCGUAGCAUCAGGAAAGUCCAAUGGGAUAAGGAGAACAUCAGCUUAGUUGGAAAUUGGCUGCAGUUCUUCUGGCAUUUGUGCAUUACUAUAUCUCGAGGCAUAGCGAUCGCUGCAACAGCCACUGUAAUACCCCUCUCCACUUGUAUUGCGAUGGUAAUUCACUGGCUGUUAAUGACUAUUUGGAUCAUUAGUGAUUCAUCAGGAAUCGAUGAAUUCUGCAGAGACCGCCGCAAACCGCCCCACGCAAUUACAAGCACCACAGAAAAUCUCAAAUCCUAUCUGCUUGCUGGUGUCUUCGGGAUCGUCCAUAUUUUCACGUACUUCAAUUUGAGCGAGGGUCCGACGUAUUGGAAACACAUUAUUUAUUACUCUCUUUGUUCGGGAGAGAACUUAAUUGCAACCUUCAGCUGGAUUUACUUUAGAGACUCGAACCAGAUCAAAUUGUGGUACAAUGAAUUCGUACCUGUCAUUUGUAUCGUUCCAUUUGCCAUUGGAAUUGUUAUUAUGGUAAUUUAUUACAAAUGGUAUCAUCCCAGGAGGAAAAAUGCUAUCAACGAAAUUUAUCAGCGGACUGAAGAUGCAAAUGACAGGAAUCUCACAACCUAAAAGAAUUUUGUAUUUUCAUAUUUUAAUUUUUAUUUACUGAUUACUCCAAACUUCGCAGUAUUGCCUAUACGAGAACUAUUUUAAUAGUAAAUUAAUUUUUUUACUUACCAACGAUUUCAUCAGCCAUCUUAUGGCCUACAAACAUUAUUUAAUUUAUCGUCAGGAAAAAUUAAUGAUACUCAUUGGACGGAAAAAACCCACGAGAAUGUUCUUACGCGCGCAUGAUGUAUUUUCAUGCAUUUUUUGUAUCCGAUGGUCUGUUCAAAUGAUUUCCAUGACAAAUGGAAUCUCAGCUGCCUUAAGUAAGUUUUUUAUAUUUUUGUACGCAAGCUGUACAUUUAUGAUCGCUCACAUGAGUAAUUCAUAUGCCUUAAGUAAGUUUUUUACAUUUUUGUAUGCAAACUGUACAUCUAUGAUUGCUCAUAUUAGUAAUUGAUAGGCAGUGUUUAAAUAAACUCGAGAAAAAGUACCAUUGGCCCCUAUUUUUCAUUUGUUCAAAAAAA